UUACUAUCUGUGACAGAUUCUCUAUGCAGAUGUCACUUAUACAAACAAACAAAUUUGAGUUUCACUUUGAAAAAUUUUUAAAUGUAAAAUAUAUAUUAAUUAUAAUGAUAUGUAGAAGCUGUCAUGGGAAAUGUAUGUUGCGGUGAAAAGAAAGAAAAGAAAAAGAUUGUAUUACUAUUAGUUGGAUUGGAUAAUGCAGGAAAAACUGUUGCUGCCAAAGGAUUGGCUGGUGAAUCUAUUAAUGAUGUCAUACCCACUGUAGGAUUUCAUGCUGUGAAAUUGAAUUACAAAAAUUACAUUGUUAAGAUUUACGACUUGGGUGGAGCAGCUAAUUUCAGGGGCCUUUGGCCAAAGUAUUUUGUUGAUGCAUAUGGUAUUAUCUUUGUUAUUGAUUCAAGUGAUAUUGAAAGAUUAGAUGAAGCAAAACAAGUUCUAGAAUCUGUAUUAUCCCAUGAAAAAGUAGCAGGAAAACCACUAUUGUUUUUAGCUAACAAACAAGAUGACGAAAAUGCAUUAGACGAAAUUGAUCUUCAUGAGAAAUUAAAUUUGGAAGAUAUGGUGAAUACCUAUCAUUGUCCCACCUUAGUUGAAUGCUGCUCAGCAACCUACUCGGGAAAAAAAACUAAAGUAGAUCAAGGAAUAUUGAAUGGCUUUAUAUGGUUGAUGAGCUUCAUUGAUAAGAAUUAUGUAGGAUUAAAUACAAGAGUCAUAGCUGAUAUUUCACAACAAGAACAUAUUGAAAAGUUAUUAAGAAAUGAGAUAAUCAAAAGAAUACAUGAAGCUAAAAAAUUGGAGGAAUCAAAUGAUGAAAAUGCUAUUGAAUUAUAUUCAGAGUAUGCUAAAAAAUUGAAUUCUCACAGCAUGAAUAGAGAGAAUGGAUCUUGUGUUUUGAAUUCAAAAAAUGAUGAUGACAGCUCGAUAGAUGAUUUUCCACCUAUUUAUUAUGGGUCUGUUCAGCAGCAAAACCUCCAAAGACCUAGUUCAGCAAGAGAAUUUGUUAGAAAUCAAUUACAAAUAAAUUGUAAUGGAGUUCAAACUACUAAAAUUAAUAAAACCCUUCCAAUUAAUCUGAUUGGCAUUAAACUUUCAAGUUCUGCCAAGGAAAGAUCCAAAGCUCUUGUGAUGCCAAAAAGAAUACUGAAAUCUGCUGGAGACAUUUCCACAUCUGUUCAUCUUCCGAAUAUGGUGUUCCCAAAAGAGAAGGCAGAUUAUUUGGAUAUGAAUAUUGUGAAUAGGAAUUGUCGUUUUCUUCCAAUAGAUUUAAGUCCAAAGGUUAAUGUUCAGAAUAAUAUAUCCUGGAGUAUAUCUGAGGAUGAAAAUGGAAUAAGUUUCAUUAAAAUGGAUUAGGGCAAUUUAUGGAAUUCUGAAUGUUUUCAUAUUUUUAUACUGCUUAUUGAGCAAUAGUUAUUAUUACCAAAGAUGCACUAUAAUGAAAGCUUUUUAUUGAUCAUUUAAUUUAAAAAUUAUAACAUUCUUAUUUUGCAAUGAUCUAAUCUUUUUUAUAAAAUGAAGCAUUUUUUGUAGAGAAAAAAUAUUUUCCUUCAAGGAAUAGAGUAAAUAUAUAUCAACCACAA